GAAGAAGAGAUCAACCACCGCACCGAGAAGGAAAACGAGUUUGUCCUCCUCAAAAAGGACGUGGACGAAGCCUACAUGAACAAGGUGGAGCUGGAGUCGCGGCUGGAGAGCCUGACCGAUGAAAUCAACUUCUUGCGGCAGCUUUAUGACGAGGAGGUCCGGGAGCUGCAGUCUCAGAUCUCCGACACCUCCGUCAUCCUCUCCAUGGACAACAACCGCAGCCUGGACCUGGACGGGAUCAUCGCCGAGGUGAAGGCGCAGUACGAGGACAUCGCCAACCGCAGCCGCGCCGAGGCCGAGAGCAUGUACCAGAUCAAGUACGAGGAGUUGAAGACGACGCCGAAACACGGGGACGACCUGCGCAACACCCGCAGCGAGAUCAACGAGCUCAACAGGCUGAUCCAGAGGAUCCAGGCGGAGAUCGAGGCGCUCAAGAACCAGCGCUCCAGCCUGGAGACGGCCAUCGCGGAGGCGGAGGAGCGCGGGGAGCUGGCCCUGAAGGAUGCCAAGGGGAAGCUGGCGGAGCUGGAGGCAGCUCUGCAGAAGGCGAAGCAGGACAUGGCCCGGCAGCUCCGCGAGUACCAGGAGCUCAUGAAUGUCAAGCUGGCCCUGGACAUCGAGAUCGCGACCUACAGGAAGCUGCUGGAGGGAGAGGAGAGCAGGCUGGAGUCGGGCGUGCAAAACCUGAGCAUCCACACCAAGACGACGGGAUACUCGGCUGGCUUCGGCGGGGGCUUCGGGGGCGGUUUCGGGGGGGGCUUCGGCACCUCCUUUGUCACCUCCGGCUACGCCGUGGCCCCCCCGGCCCUGGAGAGCUCGGCCGUCACCAAGUCCCGCGCCAUCGUCAUCAAGAAGAUCGAGACCCGCGAUGGCAAACUGGUGUCCGAGUCCUCCGACGUCCUGAGCAGCUGA